AUGGAUCGAUACCAGAAAAUAGAGAAAGUUGGUACAUAUGGGGUUGUCUACAAGGCUAAAGACACCAGCAAUGGAUCUGUUGUCGCACUGAAGAAGAUUAGGCUCGAGGCGGAAGACGAAGGGGUGCCUAGUACCGCCAUCAGGGAAAUUAGUUUGCUGAAGGAGUUGAAGGACGAAAAUAUCGUUAGGCUGCUCGACAUCGUGCAUGCGGAUCAAAAGCUCUAUCUCGUCUUCGAAUUCCUAGACGUCGACCUCAAGCGCUACAUUGAAACUGGAAACCAAAAUCGUACGCCCAUCUCUUUACAGAUCGUCAAGAAAUUUACUCAUCAAUUGAACUCUGGUCUAUUAUACUGUCACUCGCAUCGCAUUCUACAUCGCGAUCUCAAACCGCAAAACUUGCUCAUCGACGCUCGCGACAACCUUAAGCUUGCUGAUUUUGGUCUAGCUCGCGCCUUCGGCAUUCCGAUGAGAACAUACACCCACGAGGUCGUCACUUUGUGGUACCGAGCACCCGAGGUUCUUCUUGGGUCUCGUCAUUAUUCUACUGCCAUCGAUAUGUGGUCUGUGGGAUGCAUCUUCGCUGAAAUGGCAAUGCAAGGAUCUCCGCUGUUCCCUGGUGACUCGGAGAUUGAUCAGAUUUUCAAAAUUUUCCGAAUCCUUGGAACUCCCAACGAGGAUGUUUGGCCAGGAGUUAGUCAAUUACCCGAUUACAAGGCUACUUUCCCUCAGUGGUCACGACAAGACCUGGCGCGAAUCGUGCCAACACUUGACGAACAUGGGUUAGACAUUUUAAAGCGUACGCUAACCUAUGAUUCUGCGAAACGCAUUUCUGCAAAACGGGCCCUCGUGCAUCCCUAUUUUGCGGAUUACAAACCCAUGCCAGCAUGA